AUGGACGUAGUGCUCUUGAGUACAUACCAACUCUCUAUUGCUGCUGGUUGGUUGGAACGACCCCUAGCACCGAACAUGGUGCGACUUCGCUGGCACUGUAAUUGCGGUGACAGUCUCUUCAGCGAUGUCGUGGAAUGCCGUCCAAAUGGAAUUGCGGACCUUAUCGCCAAUAUGGAACGGGCAUCUGCAAUUAAGGUACGUGCAACGCCAUAUAUCAGACAUUCAGGCAAUCAACAAUAUGUGAAACCGAACCUGGGCCCCUGGCUUCGGACUACAGUGAACGCAGUCGCAUCCAUCUUUGGUCGGACAGGCACUCCUUCGUCCUGUCUCCCACAACAUACUAAAUUGCAUGCGACGGCUACACGUACAACACCCACUGUUGAUCCUGCCCAACGACAAGCACUUCAUCUGAUGGCCUGCAUGCAUCGCGAUCAACAACGCAAGAUCCUCAAACAGGACCGCGUCGAGGCCAUACACACAGACCGAGAUCUGCUAGCCUUUUUGCACCGCCAGUACAUACAUCACCGCGGUCGCAUUCUCUCCAUAUUCUCUCUCCGAAACAUAAAAGGUAUACAUUUCAUUAAAUUCCACCUACCCAUGGGCGGCAGCGUCAUCGUUCGAAACCACGACCCGUGUUGCGUAGCCGUCACCGAUACGACUGCACUACGCACAUGUGAAUGCAUACCCCCAAAGGCAAAAGUCGAGCCGUCCCCUACUGCGGAAUAUCGUUGCACCCCUGGACCUCCCGCUACGCAUCCACUCAUCCCCCCGGAGUAUCUGUUGAUGCUUAUGACCUGUCCGUCUCAUACACAUGAACAGGAUACUUGGAUUCUAGAUCAGAUUCCCAGACGUACGUGCGGUGAGCUGCGAGGGAAGGUAGGACAGCCUGCUGAGGGGUGGGGAAUUUACUAUCAGGAAGACUGGAAUUGCGACAUGAUCGUUCUCGGCGUGUAUAUCAUCUUUCUUCUAGCGAGUCUGCUGUUUGGCAUCCUUUGGUCAGUGUACAAAUUCGACAUCCAGGGGGCUUUUGGAGUGAGCGCUUACAUGGUGUCUAUGGUUGUAAUACUGGUCCAUCUGACUGCUAUGGGAGCAGAAAAAAUGAGGUAG